CCGUCAGUCCACAGAGAGAUUCGUUCGAGUGAGCUUCGCGUUUGGCGCUUCAGCAAACAGCAAAAACACACAGAGAAUAUCCAAAAUAAACCCGACAAAGGCACACACACGAAAAAGUGAAAACGUAGAAAAGUUCGAUUUCUGUGUGGCCAGCAGGUGCUAACAAUAACGAGCUCAGGAACCCCAAAAAAAAACAAGAAGACAAAGAAAAACCAACAAAUAAAACAAAAUGGCAACAAACUGGCCCGAAAACGUUGGAAUACGCGCCAUAGAGGUGCUCUUCCCCUCACAGUAUGUGGACCAAACGGAACUGGAGCAGUUCGAUGGCGCCUCCGCGGGCAAGUACACAAUCGGCCUGGGCCAGGCGAAGAUGGGCUUCUGCUCGGACCGCGAGGAUGUCAACUCCUUGUGUUUGACGGUUGUGAGUAGGCUGCUGGAACGGCAUCAUAUCAAGCACACGGAGAUUGGCCGGCUGGAGGUCGGCACUGAGACGAUCGUGGACAAGUCCAAGUCGGUGAAGUCAGUGCUGAUGCAGCUGUUCGUGGACAGCGGCAACACCGACAUCGAGGGCAUCGACACCACAAACGCGUGCUACGGCGGCACGGCGGCGCUCUUCAAUGCCAUCAACUGGAUCGAAUCGUCCAGCUGGGACGGACGCUAUGCCCUGGCCGUGUGUGCGGACAUUGCUGUAUAUGCCAAGGGCGCAGCGCGUCCCACUGGCGGCGCUGGCGCCGUCGCCAUGCUGGUGGGACCAAACGCACCGCUGGUCUUCGAGCGAGGCCUGCGGGCCACGCACAUGGAGCAUGCCUAUGACUUCUACAAGCCAGACCUCAGCUCCGAGUACCCCACGGUGGACGGCAAGCUCUCCAUCCAGUGCUACCUGUCGUCCCUGGACACCUGCUAUCGCCUAUACCGCCAGAAGUUCGAGAAGCAGCAGGCUAAGGCGCAAGACGGUAAAGUGGGCCUCGAUAACUUCGAUGCCAUUCUGUUCCACACGCCGUUCUGCAAGCUGGUGCAGAAGUCGGUGGGCCGCCUGAGUUUCAACGACUUCCUGCUGACCAGCGAGGGGAAACGGGCCGAGCAGUUCGCCGGACUGGAGCGCUUCAACAAUGCCACCCUCGAGGGCACCUACUUCGACCGCGACGUGGAGAAGGCGUUCCUCACGCAAUCGGCCGACGUGUUCGAGGCCAAGACCAAGAAGACGCUGCUGCUGGCCAAUCAGGUGGGCAACAUGUACACGCCCUCCGUCUACUCGGGCCUCGUAUCGCUGCUGAUCGGCGUGCCGGCGGCAGAUCUUGUUGGCAAGCGCAUCGGUGUCUUCUCCUACGGCUCCGGGCUGGCCGCAUCCAUGUACUCGAUCAGUGUGACUCAGGAUGCAGCGGCAUUCGAGAAGUUCGUGGCCAAGCUGGACUACGUCCUGCCGCUGCUCAACUCGCGCGAGAAGGUGGCACCCGAGCAGUUUUCAGCCCUGAUGGAGGUGCGCGAGAAGAACAACCAUGCGGCUCCCUACACGCCUACGGGCAGCGUGGGCACUCUAUUCCCUGGCACCUACUACCUGAAGGAUGUGGACUCGCUGCAUCGGCGAACCUACGAGCGCACCCCAACCAUUAGCAAUGGAGUGCACUAACCCACAACCUCUGGCCCCCUCUGGUUUGGUUACUACUCCGCCUCUGGAGCUGUCCAACUUGACAAUAACUUUCGACUUAGCCUCCCUCGUAUCUGUAUCUGUAGUUGGUAACUAUUUUCGCUCGUACCAGAGCGUGCUAGGGGUCUCUUCCUUUCCCUGCAAGGAACGUUUUAACAUUUGGAUUCGAAAUGAACUUGUAGUCUUUGCCCAAUCACAGAUCGUACACACAUAUAUACCUAUCUAUAUAUUAUUUAUACAACGCCUGAAAAUUAACAUUUCAUUAAGUCGGGCCUUAUUUAUGCCACACACCCAAGUGGAACACGCCAGCGCAUUCUUCUUCUUAACUAGUGUCGGUAAUAAAAAUCUAUGCCUAUAAAUGUACAAUACAAUACAGUACAAUACUAAACUAACACACACCAUAAAUUGUUUGAAAACAAUAAAAAAUGCAGGAAAUCGAACUUCGGAGCAACGAAGUUUAUAUAUACAACUUGCACAUGGACCAGUAGUUAUCUUUGUACUUAAAACCGAAAAUCUAGUUUAGUUUUUAGUUUAUAUCUGUGUAUGCACACACAGAUUACAGCCUAUUUGCACUA